AAUAAAAAAAAAAAAUUUAACCCGUUACCGAACCGUUAACCUAAUAACUCAAUAAAAAAUUAAUGGUUCGGGUUAUCGGUUUUAACCGAUAUAUGCUCACCCCUAACAAUAACCCAAAAAACGGCUGCGCAAAUUAACGCUUAAAAGAAACAGAAAAAAGAAAAAAGAAAAAAGAAAGGAUGAAAGUGUUUUAUAUACCAACCUUCUCCUUACAAACCCUUCCCGUAACCUUCUUGUACAAACAUUCGACCCUUUCACCUUUCCCAGCAAAAUGUGGGUAUUUUUCUCCGGGUUAAUCGAUGCAGCUGCAACAGGAGGGAGUAAUUAUGUGAAAAGGGUAGGGAAAGAUCACCAUAGGUUUAAGAGGUUCACUAAGUGGACAACAGAGAAGUGCAACAAGCAUUAUCCCCGCUAUCAGCUUUUGAUGUAUGGAGUGAGGCACUCUCCUCCCAUUGAGGAAUCUGUGGGCAGGGCAAGACUUGCUUCUUCUGUUGGAGCAACCACCGUACUUCUGGUACACUUUUGUCUCCAGUUGAAUGUGGAAUCUUGGUUCAAGUGUAUAAAUGAUCCAGAAAGUCAAUGACAAGGAACUUUGUUAAUCUGAAUCUAUUGAGAAUUAUUGUAGUUUUAAUACUCCAAUUAGAUUACUUAUGUUGUCAAGAACUAUAUUGAACUACUAGACUGAUUUUGGUUAUUUUUGGCUGAUUUUGGGUUAAGUUAACAAUUAGUUUGGUUUGGUUCACAUUGAUAGUGUAAUGCAUGAUUUUAGUAAGCUCCUGGGUGUAUUCGAAUGAACUGUAUGAGACUGUAUUUGGACUAAAAAAAUGGAUUUCGA